GCAAAAGCAAGACACACAUGUACAAGCAGCAGCAGCAGCAGCUGCUGCAGCCUUCUGCCCCCACCUCCGCCCGGGCCUGCGUUUCAGCUCCCCGUCGCCCAUGUUUCAGCUGUCGAGGCCCGUCGCGGCCGUGUUUCAGGUGCCCACACGGUGCCCCGCAGCGAAGCCUGCACACCACACGCCCACACUAUAUAUCAGCGCCCUAUGUUCCGGCCCCCGGCCCCUGCUGCCACUGACUGAGUCCUGCAAGGCUGCUCCUUGCCCCUCGUCCACAAAGAAACCGCACCUCAGCCCACCCUGCUGUCUUAUCUGCGCAAUCUUGGCUCCUGCUCCUUCGAGACUCCCGCCACCGACGCUCCGUCUCGCACACCUUCGUUUCGUCCGUCCUCUUCUCUACACAACCAACACCAGCUUCCUCUCCACCACCCCCAUUCAUCCUUCACCACACCCACAUCACACCCACACCGCACCCACACCCACCUCCCGACAGCAAGAUUGCCCCUGCUGCAUACGUCUUCCGCCUCCUUGCGCACACAAUAGAAUCCCCAAUUCCGCACUGGCGAAUCCGGCAGCUGCAGAGAUCCGCUUCCGGCUGUGCGCUUCCUCCCGCAGCAGCAUAUUCCUGACGCCGCUGCAUGCACCACCCUCGCUACCCCGGCCUCCAUCGCUUUCCCCCCACCCCCCUCGUGUCCGGACGCACAAGCUCCUAUCAGCAUCCGCAGCGUCCUUUAGCGAGUCUCGCACACCGCCGCCACCGCCGCCUCUGCUUAGCCCCGGCUACAUCCCCUCCGCAGAGCCAGCAGCUAUCUAGGCCCACCACGGCUAUCAGGCUCGCUGUGCCUCCCGGAGCCCAACAACACUUCGGCAACCCCUCUCCGGCCCGCAAGCCAGCCAGCGUUUCCACUAGGCCCGCCGCCGCCGC